AGUUUUUCGAAAACAUUGUUAAUCAUCGUCAUCAAUAUUGUGAAAGUUGAAAUUUUAUUUUAUAAAUUACCUAGCCAUGGUGGACGAAGGAACUAAGAAAACUUUACAAUCUAUUCCAUUGCUUCAAACAAGAGCAAGUCCGAGAGACAAAGAUUUAUGGGUUCAAAGGCUCAAAGAGGAGUUUAUGGCUUUAAUUAAAUAUGUACAGAGUAAUAAAGCAUCAGAUUCAGAUUGGUUUCGAUUAGAAAGUAAUAAAGAAGGAACAAAAUGGUUUGGUAAAUGCUGGUAUGUGCACAAUCUUCUAAAAUAUGAGUUCGACGUAGAGUUUGAUAUACCAGUUGCUUAUCCGACAACGGCUCCUGAAAUCGCUUUACCGGAGCUUGAUGGAAAAACAGCAAAAAUGUAUCGUGGUGGAAAAAUUUGUCUUACUGAACACUUCAAACCACUUUGGUCGAGAAAUGUCCCAAAGUUUGGAAUAGCUCAUGCAAUGGCUCUUGGAUUGGCACCGUGGCUGGCAGUGGAAAUACCCGAUAUGAUUGAAAAAGGUAUCAUCACAUAUAAGGAAAAGGGAGAAACAUCAAGUUAAUUUAUUUAUUUUUUAAUUCAAAAAUAAAGAUCAAUAAUUUCUUGUUUUGUAAAAAA